GGGACUCUCCGCCGGGCCCGGUGAGGUGAGCGCAGCGCCGCCGGUUCGGUGUCUCGGGAGCGAGGAGGACAAUCCGCAGCGAGGAGCUCCCGUCCCUGCGGUCUCCGGGUACCGGGAGCGGCCCCAGGGUCUGUUGUGAGCCCGAAGGUGGCACCGGGGCAGCCCCGGGGGUCCCCGCUGCCGCCGCGCCGCUCGCUCACACCGGGCACCGGGAGGUCGAGGCGGGCAUCGCGGAGAUGGAGCCCCCGGCCGCCCCCCUCAUCGUGGGGGUGGGGGACGAGGUGACGCUGGUGGCCGGGGUGGCCGUGCUGGUGCUGGCGCUGGUGCUGGCCUGGCUGUCCACGUACGUGGCCGAGGGCGGCAGCCAGCUCCUGGGCACCGGGGACGCGGCCGUCAUCCGCCUCGGGCCGCUGCCGCCCUACGCGGGGCCCGCGGGGGCGGCCGAGGCCCCGGAGCCCCCCAGGAGCCCCGCGGGCGCGGAGGAGAAAACGGAGGAGGAAGGGGCGGCGGCACCGGGGGACAGCGGGAGCGGCCCCGAGCCCGGCCUGGAGCAGCUGCUGGACGCGCCCGGCUUGUCCCGGGGCGCCGCUGAGCCCGGGGGCACCGGGGACGCGUGCCCCGGCCUCAUCAAGAUCCGCCUCAAGUUCCUCAACGACACCGAGGAGGUGGCGGUGGCCCGGCCCGAGGACACCGUGGGGGUUCUCAAGAGCAAAUGCUUCCCGGGCCAGGAGGCCCAGAUGAAGCUCAUCUACCGCGGGCAGCUGCUGCAGGACCAGGCGCGCACGCUGCGCUCGCUCCGCAUCACCGACAACUGUGUCAUCCACUGCCACCGCUCCCGGGGGACCACCGCGGCCACCGCCGCCCUGCCCGAGCCCGGCCCCGCCGGCCCCGCCGCCCCGGGGCUGCCGCUGGCCGGGGGCACGCUGAUGGUGCCCACGGUGAUGGUGGUGCUGGCGCUGGGCUGGUAUUUCCGCAUCAACUACCGGCAGCUCUUCACGGCCCCGGCCACCGUGUCGCUGAUCGGUGUCACCGUGCUGGUCACC